AAACAAUUAACGUUUCUCUUAAUGAGUCUAAUCUUAUGGAAAAUGAGUGCUUUCAAGUUAAUCAAUUUUUAGCCAUAAUUGAUAAUAUAUUCUUACAUGGAAUAAAAAGAUCAAACCGUCAGUGUUGGAAAGUUUUAACUGAAUUUUCUAAAAUUAAUGUUUUACUUAAAGAAUCAAUUGAAAACAUUACAAAUUUACCUCAUAUUAAAACAAAUUUAGGACGCCUUAGAGCUUGGAUUAGACUAACUUUAAUGCAAAAAAAUUUUGCCGAAUUUUUUACACAACUUAUUGAAAAUCAAUACUUAUUAAACCAAUAUUACGAAAAUUAUGGAUUUAUUCUCAAUGAAGAGGCUCAAAUAAUAUCUGGACUUCUUUUAAGUUUAAACUUCACUGAUUUCAUAUUUUGCUUGAAAGAACAAAACUUGGAUGAUAUAAAAAUUAGUAUUGAUGUCGGUAGAUAUAUGAAAAUCGCUUCCUUGGACACCUUCCCUAAUAACUUUUUAAACGGACUCAAUAGCAAUCUAAGUGCCAACAAUAGUUUUGACCACGAUACCAUUAGCAUUGAUUCCUCCAAAGAAUCGGGUAGAAUGACCGAUAUUUUAGAUCAAAAGAACUAUUUGGAGGAAAUAAAUCGACACAAUAAUUGCGUGAUAAACGAACUCAAAGACAAAUACCACUCCUUCAAAAAUGAAGUCGACGUUUUGAAGCGAGAAAUAUCGCUCAUCUCCGACAGAAACAUCGAACUCGAAACGGCGAAUAGUUUAUUGAUCGCGAAUUUCGAAAAACCAAAGUAUUACCAUAAUAAAAAUAACAAUAAAGAUGACUACAAAAAUAACGGUGCCAAUGGCGGCGAUGACAUGGUCGAGCCUUCUGGUUUUUUAAGUUCUGGAGAUAUCGGUAUUGCGCUAGAUGGUAGCAUAAAAAGUUUAACUCUUUCAAACGAAAUUGCUGGUUUGGCAUAUGAAGAUGGCGUUAUUUCUCAGACCGGAAUAUUUCAGCAGACUCAUAAUAGGAAUAACUCCACCACCUCAGGUUCUGACAAUAAAUCGAUAAUUCGAACUGAUGCUAACACCCUUCCAAAUUUAAACAGCGAGGCUGAAUUCCUGUACAAAAAAACAAUCAACGAACUCAAACAAUCCUUGCUCGAGGAAAAGGCGAAUAAAUUGAAGUUCGAACAUCAAUAUCAAACCGUUGCUCGUAGAAAGGAAGAACUUGAAAUAUUAGUCAAACAUUUGGAAAAAAGCGAUAAACACAAACAAGAAUUGGUAGUCGAUUUGAAACGGCAGCUCGACGAUUUAAAGGCUAUUAAUUCUGAGAUGUACACCAAAAUUGAGAAUUACGAAGCUUCUCUCAAGCAUAAAAAUGAACUCGUAAUAAGACUCGAGCAAAAAAAUCGUAGCGUCACUUCUGCUUUGAAAGAAAUCGAGGAAAAGUACGAAAAAUUGCAGAAUUACCAGUCAUCUACCGAGGACAUUUUUGGUAAAAUGGAAAGAGAGCUUAGCAAAAAAGAUCAAAUUAAAAUACAGUUGGAGAAUGAUUUAAAACUGGAAAGAGAAAUGAAAGUAUCUUUACAACAUCAAAUUCAAAAGGAUAAGUUAGAAUUUGCCAGGAGACUCAAGGAGAUUAGUAAAGCGGAAGAUAUAUUAAAGAACAAUGAAUAUUUGCAUAAACGCAACGAAGAUUUGAAAAAAAAAUGUUCCGAGCAAGAACAAACACUAUCUGAAUUAGGGGUCAAAAUUAAAGAGACAACACUACAAACAGAUGAUUUAAAGGAUACAAUGAUGCCAUAUAUAAUUAAUUCUAAAUGGCAAAAAAAUGACGAGGUUAAUGAAUGCCCAACCUGCCAUAUCGCCUUUUCAACGUUGAUUAGAAAACAUCACUGCAGAAAUUGUGGGACUAUAUUUUGUCAAGAAUGCUCAAAAUACAAGAUUAAUAUGCCCUUUUCAUCAAAACCUGUGAGAGUGUGUUUACAAUGUUAUGAUUUAUUGAAUAACAAACCAAAUCCUUAAAAGUUAUAAUCAAAUUUAAUGGAAAUCAAGAAUCUAUCAUUAAUGCAUUUACAAUAUUAUAUAUCUUAUUUUUUUUUCAUUUUAUCAAAAGUAUUUAUUUAUAAUAUAAUGAAUAAAUUUUUGAAAAUAAGCUAUAUAAUUUUA